CUUUAAUUUUUUUCAAUAAAUUUCUUAAUUAUGUGUUGUUCUAUUCAAAGAUACAAAUUUCAUCACGGAAUUAUAUAUAUUUUGUUGAAAUCUAAGAAUUUUGAGAAGUUUACUCGAUUAAAAUGUUUGUGUUAAUUUCAGACGAAGAAGGAAGAGAAAUCGGAGAAGGGUUUGGGUUUGGGUUUAGGGGAAAUGCCGAAGAUUGGAGAUUCCAAGAUUGUAUACAGUUGAAGAAGCUUCGAAUCUCUCAAUCGCUGCCUGUUCCUUCACGUUCUUCCAAGAUUUCUUCUCUAUUUGAAGAUCUCGCUAUAAAUCAUCUCCUAUUUGUUUCAAUUUUCGUCGAGACAUUUCUACUGGCUCUCGAAUGAAGUGCUGUUCUUCCUUUCGCUAUUUAUGGAUACUUCUAUUGAUACUGUUACGAUUUUGGAGCUAUCUUGGCGCGUCGAGGAAUUUUGAGAAUUCAGGAUUCUCUGGAUUGAGCCGGUAUGGGGGUUUGGAUGAUUCUGAAGCCGUAGCUCGAAUUGGCGGCAGAUCCCUCUUGUCCGUUCCAACGAAAGGUAGUACUGCUCUUAUAGCUGCUUUGGAUGGGGCAAUUCAUUUGGUGGACAGUAACUCUAUGAAGAUAAUUUGGUCCUUCAGUUCUGGACCGCCAAUCUAUUCGUCACAUCAAGCUCAUGUUCAUCAUGAGCAGAAUCAAGAAAAUGCUUCAGGUUUGAGCAGAUCCUUCUUUUUUUAUUGUGGGGAUGACUGGGAGCUCUACAUGCACACAGAGUAUGGUGAAACGAAACUACCAAAAACGAUUGAUGAGGUUGUUAGAAGUUCACCAUAUAUAUUUGAGGAUGGUACGGUGAUGACUGGUUCUACGAAAACCACAGUUUUUGAGGUUGAUCAUGUGACUGGAGAGCUUAUUCGUAGUCACAUACCUGAUCUAUUGUCAUCUGAACUAAGCAAUGAAGAUCUUGGUAGUUCUAAAGCGAAAAAUAAUCUAGACGAUAAGGAUUUGAUGCAACCUGGCGUGAUGAACCCCCCUGUUGAGCCACGAUUGUACAUCACAAGAACAGAUUAUUCUCUGAAAUCAUCCUUUUCGGGUUCUAAAGAAGUUUCCUGGAGUUUGAGUGUUGCUGAAAUCGGAGCUACCUUACUCUGUCCAGAGGUUGAGAAUCCAGUUGAGGGCAUUCCUUGGAAUCUUCAAAAUAAUAGUAGUUAUGAAGUUGAUUAUGCUGUGCCAUUGUCUUGCCAAUCAAAAGUACUUGUCUUUCGUGAACGCCAUGUUUUAUCAGGAAAGUUGGGGUAUAAAAGAUUAUCGAAGGCUCAUAAUGUUGAUAAUAUGUCUUUGGUGUCUGCUUCAGGUUCGAUCCUUCCUUCCCAGUUAAAGAUUGAUAAACAUUUAAACAGUCAUCCUGAAAGAUUGAUGCUUCCUGAGCCUGUAUCAAACAAUAUCUCUUCUUUGCCACCCAAUUCAAGUAGCGAAGCAGUAGUCCCAAUGCCUUUGAUGAAGGUUAAUGAAUCAAGUAUCUUCAAGGGGUUUAAUAAAAUGGAGACUCUUGCUGGACCUAUUGGAUUGCUUUUUGUAGUUUUAAUAACCAUGCUAGUGGGAUUGAUGAAGUAUGGCAGGACAUUGGCUGUAAAGGUAAAACAGCGUUUCUUCAAUGAGAAGUUGUCUAGUACUUAUAAUGCAAGAAUUAUCUCUUCGAAGAAAAACAAACCUCGAAAAUCAAAAAGAAGUGGAAAUUCUGAGAAAAUGGAUGCAUCUAUUUCAUCAGAAAUUGAAAAUUCGCUUAUGCAAAGUGAGAAUAACUGGUUUCAGGACAAUAAUCUUAUUGGUGGACGUCGGAUUGGUAAACUAAUUGUAACCAACAAAGAGAUAGCCAAGGGUAGUAAUGGCACCGUUAUUCUUGAGGGAAUCUAUGAAGGCCGAGUAGUUGCUGUGAAGCGCCUUGUCAAGGCUCACCAUGAUGUUGCCUCUAAGGAAGUUCAAAAUUUAAUGGCUUCUGAUUUUCACCAAAAUAUCGUUCGAUGGUAUGGCACGGAGAGUGAUCAAGAUUUUGUCUAUAUUUCAUUGGAACGGUGCACUUGCAGCCUCGAUGAUUUGAUUCAGAUUUGUUCUGAUCAGUCCUUGAACUCUAUGCUUGGCUUGGAUCAAGAUACUGUACCCAUGAUUGAUUCAGUCAAAGAGGUUAUACCAGAUUUGAAAUUGUGGAAAGAAAAUGGCCAUCCAUCUACAGUUGUUCUAAAACUCAUGAGGGAUAUGGUAGCUGGGCUUGUGCAUUUGCACGAGUUGGGGAUAAUUCAUCGGGACUUGAAGCCACAAAAUGUGUUGAUAAUUAAGAAAAAAUCUAUAUGUGCAAAGCUCUCUGAUAUGGGAAUCAGCAAGCAUCUUUCAGCUGAUAUGUCAUCCUUGGGACAUCGUGCCACUGGUUGUGGGAGUUCUGGUUGGCAAGCCCCCGAACAGCUUCUUCAGGGGCGACAAACCCGUGCAGUCGAUUUGUUUAGUUUAGGUUGUGUUCUCUUUUUCUGCAUCACAGGUGGUAGACAUCCAUUUGGUGAUCGUCUCGAGCGUGAUAUCAAUAUUGUGAAGAAUCAAAUGAAUUUGUUCUUGGUGGAAAGCAUCCCAGAAGCUCUAGAUCUUAUUUCUCAAUUGUUAAAUCCUAACCCUUGUUUGAGACCAAAAGCAUCAGAGGUGUUGCACCAUCCUUUUUUCUGGAGUUCGGAGAUGCGACUUUCUUUUCUUCAUGAUACUAGUGAUAGAAUAGAGUUGGAAGACAGAGAGACUAAUCUCAUGAAAGCAUUAGAGAAUACUGCCCAGUUAGCUAUAGGCACUAAAUGGGAUGAAAAGAUGGAACCAGCUUUCAUUGCUAACAUCGGUUGGUAUCGGCGUUACAAGUAUGAUAGCGUUCGAGACUUGCUGCGAGUUAUGCGCAAUAAACUGAAUCAUUAUAGAGAACUGCCGAAAGAAAUUCAGGAGCUCAUAGGAUCUGUUCCAGAGGGAUUCGAUGGUUACUUUGCUAGUAGGUUUCCAAGACUCUUGAUUGAAGUUUACAAAGUUAUAAGUCAAUACUGUAGGCAAGAAGAGUGCUUUCAGAAGUACUUUAAAAGCCCUGUAGACUAGAUUCUUAGAUAUGAAUGUCUUGAAAAAAAUGCUAAAAUUAUUAUGGUAGCAUGGUUAGAGUACUAAUAUACAUGUAUACAUUUGUAAAUAUUGCUGAAUAGAUCUGAAUUACUGUAAAGUGUUACAAUACAAAGAACAUUUUUGGCUCUUAAA